AUGGCCUUUCUCUGUCUCCCUAUUUUAUCUUUAUUACAAUCAUAUACACAAGCUUCGUCUGAAUCUGCUGGUCAUAUCAGUCGAAAAUCGCCCAGCAUGGGCCCCAGAGUCAAGAGACCUCGUUUAACUGAUCCAGAACCACCAGUUGAUGGAAUCUGCCAGCCAGCCUCCAGCUCAGAGAAGGAUAGCUGGAAUGGGUUCUGCGAGAUUGAGUCCGAGCCCGCCUUAUUCAAUGUCAUGCUACGGGACUUCGGCGUCAAGGGCGUCAAGGUUCAAGAGGUUGUUUCUCUUGACGAUGAAAUGAUGGCCUUCCUUGACAAGCCAGUCUACGGAUUAAUAUUCCUCUUUCGAUGGCGUCAAGACAACGACGGAAAGCAGGAAGCGACUUGCCCAGAUGGCCUCUGGUUCGCAAAUCAAACAGCUAACAAUGCCUGUGCCAGUGUGGCGCUGCUAAAUAUUGUGAACAAUAUUCCAGAUAUUGAACUGGGCGAUCAUUUACAAUCCUUUAAGGACUUUACCAUGCCGUUCACCCCGGCCUUGCGUGGGGAUGCGAUCAACAACUUCGAGUUUGUGAAGCGAAUACACAACUCUUUUGCCAGAAAAAUGGACAUGCUUAGUUCCGACCUUCAGCUCAAAAACGAGGCCACCACGCGCAAAAAGGGCGCCAAAGGCGAUGAGGAUGAAUCAGAUCCCGCCUUUCACUUUAUUGCCUUCAUGCCGGCUAUGGGCCAGCUGUGGAAGUUGGAUGGCUUAGAACGACAGCCUCGGACGCUUGGUGAAUGUUCAGAUGACGACUGGCUGGACCUGGUCAAACCCAACCUCCUUGAUCGCAUGGCUGCAUACGAGGAGGAUCAGAUUGAGUUUUCCAUCUUGGGCCUAGUGCGAGACCCUCUACCUGACCUAGUCACCGAGCUGGCUGUCAACGUGAAGGGACUGGAAGUGCUCCACGAACGUGCCCCGACUUUGCAGUCUGAAGCCCUGAUGGGUGACACUGUCCUCGGACCUGACCCCUCUUUGGCCCUCACCCGAGCAAGUAUUGAUGCAGCUGUGAUCCCCGCAGAUGUUCUCAAUGUAUACCGCACAUGUCCUGAGAGUCAGUUAUCGGAGCAUCAGCAGACCGCUCAUAGACUUCAGGGUGAAUUACGAGCCCGAAUUCGCGAGGAACAGCAGUCUCGUCGGUCGGAUGAUGAAUAUGCGGCGGGUCGUCGGUAUGACUACGGCCCAGCGGUUCGGUGGUGGCUCCGGCUCUUGGCGCGGAAGCAAGAACUGCAGGCGUUGUCCCUCGUGGUAGACUGA